AUGGAUCUACCCAAGGCCUCGGAAGGGGGUGACACCAAUGCUCCAAUGAGCGAGCAGGAAAAGAAGAAGCUUCGCAAUCGCCUUUCCCAGCGAGCUUUUCGCCGAAGGCAGGCAGAAUGCAUGCGGGAACUCCAGAGCCGGGUCCGGGCCGACCAGCGGCCGGAGAGUGAGCGAGUGGAGGCUCUGCAGAAGGAGAACCGAAUGCUCCGGCAGCAGCUCGUGGAUCUCCAGAGCAACAUGUCUCGCAUGAUGGCGACCAUGCAGUCGCUCAACGACUCUGUGACGAAGACGCUCGAUAGCACUGCGCAAGGAGAUGAAGCGCCAAGUAGCCAGGCAGACAUGGUUGCUGUUGAGCGGGUCAAGCAUAGGCCAACGUCUGACCAGCAGCCCUUGGAUUUGAAUUCAUUCGACCUCACCACCACGGGUCUCGAAGCUCCCAUGGGACAGACUGGCUGCCUCGAAUCCGCAGCAGAGACCAAUGGCACCUGGUUUGACCUCGUUAACCCCGCCGGUACCAGUCCUCUCUACUCACAGAUACCUAACAUCUGGAGCCACGAAUACCAAAUGGGCAUGCAACCGUACCUGGCGGCUGUGAGCGCAACGGAACAGUCGAGGAUGGUUCUGGGAAAGCACUAUCCCUGCACCAAUUCACCGUUCUCCGACCAUAUUCAGCUCCUUCAGCACAUGCUAAAGAACAAGUUGGAUGCGUCAGGGUCUAUACAGAGUGUAUACCAGCCAGUGCUCAUGGUCUUGUCCAUGUUCAAUAGCAUGACCCGACCGGAUGUCAUGGCUUGGUACGCCAAGACGCGCUUCUUCCACAUUAUUGAUCUCACAGCGUGGCAGCUAUACCCAUCCUCGUCCACGUUCGAGAAGCUACAUCCGAGGUAUCGGCCUAUCAAAGCCCAGCUGGAGAAUGCGCACCCACUCAUCAUCGAUUGGAUACCAUUCCCAUCGGUUCGAGAUCGUCUCAUACAGCUUCACUCGGCCAACCCACACAUUGACCAGAUAUUCUGCGAUGCCGUGACAGGCUACGUUGUAGAGGCGCUCAUGUCCGAUCUUGUUCUGGGAGCGGAGCCAGUGCAAGUGUACGUUCGAGUGACCGAUCUCAUCAAUACCAUGGCUAGCGACACUGCCGACAACGAUGAGACGGUCGCUGUCCUACCUGCCCCGGACGUUGCCACGUUAUUCUCGUCCCCAGCGUAUGCUCGUGCGGCCUUCAACAAGCUCAACAUGGACAGGGGCGCAGGGUAUUACAAGAUCGACCCGGCAUUCUUUGAAAAGUACCCAGAGCUCUACGACCAGGCCAGCGAGCUCACGGCAGCAGGGACGCCGCUGAAGCCCACGUUCCAGAAGAUCCUGACAUAUCCGAAGCCGCUCAGCCACUCUACGGUCGAGACAUACCGCAGUUUCAUCGACUUUUCCCUUGAUGCGAUCAACAUGAUCACCCAGUCCCCUGAAUACCUCGACAUGCCGUCUCAAACAACCACAAGGAUGCCCUCCUACAGCUUCAUGGAUGACUACAGCGAGGGAGCCCAUCCAGCACUGCUCAAGGCGCUAGUAUCGAGCAACACAACACAAGAAAUCGGCUACGGGAACGACACAUACUGCGAGCUUGCACGGCAAAGAAUCAGGCGCCAUCUUGGGCGCGACAAUGUGGGCAUCUUCUUUGUGCCGAGUGGCACAUCAGCCAACGCCAUCUCCAUCGCCGCCUGUCUGCGACCACACGAGGCAGUGAUUGCCGCGAGCUCCGGACACAUUGUCACGCGCGAGACGGGGGCCGUCGAGGCCAGUGGGCACAAGAUCAUCAAUGUGGCACCGCACCAGGGGAAACUGACGCCCAUGGUCAUCGAGAGGGCGCUCAAGGACAACUGGCACUUUCCACACAUGGCCAAGCCUCGACUGGUCUACAUCUCGAACGCGACGGAAAUUGGCACUAUAUACACCAGGGACGAACUCGCUGCCAUCAAGAAGGUCUGCGAACAGAACGAGCUCAUCCUGUUCCUGGACGGGGCACGCAUCGGGACGGCGCUAGCUUCCAAAGCCAACGACAUGACGCUGUCUGACAUCCUCGAGUUGACCGACAUCUUCUGGAUCGGAGGCACAAAGAACGGCGCACUGCUGGGCGAAGCUGUCGUGGUCAAGGAUCCGCGUCUCGCGUCUGAGUUUGAGUUUUACGUCAAGCAGCACGGGUCCCUCCUUGCCAAAGGUCGAGUGAUAGGCGCGCAGUUUGCAGAGCUGUUUGCAGAGGAUUUGUACUUUGAGCUCGCGCGACAGGCCAACGUGGCAGCAGAGACUCUCUCCAGGGGCAUCGCGGCGGCGGGCUUUACGGUGUCUGCUGCGACGGAGACGAACCAGGUGUUUGCGGCGCUGCCACUGGGUCUGAUCAAAGUGCUCCAGGACCAUUUCACAUUCUACGUCUGGGAGCGAUAUGGCGACGAUGAAGCGGUGAUCAGGUUGCUGACGACCUGGGCGACGGACACGGAGCAGGUCGACAGAUUUGUUGAGAUGGUGCAUCAAUGGAAAUAA